AUGAAGCGUAUCGCCACUGGCACUUGGUGUCCCGCCUGGGUACCCGAGAGCACCAAACUCCUCGCCUCCAUUCUCCUCGUGUGUUCAAUGGCCCAGUCCGCCACCGUGGGAUACGACGGCUCGUGCCUCAACGGCCUCAACAUCCUGCCCUCGUACAGCAACUACUUCAACCUCAAUGCAGCGACUACCGGUCUGAACACGGCCAGCAUCUUCAUCGGCGGUAUCAUUUCGAACCUGGUGGGCGGCAUGAUAACGGACCGCCUUGGCCGCCGUCUCACCAUGCUCUACUUUUCUCUCGUGGCCCUGAUCGGCAUUCUCCUGCAGACGGCCGCACAGGAUGUCGCAAUGUUCACUGUGGCCCGGAUCGUUCUGGGCUUUGGCACGGGAGUCGAGGGAAUCGCCGCCGGCGUGUAUCUCAACGAAACCUUCCCUUCGCGCUGGAGAACGUGGGGCGUGGGUACGCUCAACAACUUCUACUACAUUGGCGCACUGAUUGCUGCCGGCGUCACCUUGGGAACCUCGUCAUGGCCCAACAGUACCUGGGCGUGGCGGCUCCCCAGUCUACUGCAAGGUGUCUUUUCCAUUAUCUGCAUCAUGCUCGUCCCCUUCAUCCCCGAAUCGCCUCGUUGGCUCGUCAACCGCGGUCUCCUGGACGAAGCGCAAGACACGGUGGCGCUCACAAACUCUAACGGCGACAAGCGCGCACCGGUGACCGUGGCGGUGUACAAUGAAAUCGUCGAGACUAUCGCCUGGGAGAAGGACGUGGGCAAGAAGCUCUCCCCACUCGACCUGUUCAAGGGCAAGACCAACCGCCGGAGGCUCAUGAUUGGAGCCUCUCCUGGCGUGAUUACAAGCUCGACUGGGAACAUUAUCGCGUCGUAUUACCUCGGUGAUGAGUUGGCCACUGCUGGAGUGACUAGUUCGACGGCGCAGCUUCAAGCCAACGUCGUCUUGAACGUCUGGUGUCUCAUCUGCGCCGUAGCCGGCACCCAAGCCCUGGUUAGCUGGGGCCGCAAGCCGUCCGCCAUGCUCUGCCAAUUCAGCCUCAUCGUCAUGCUCUACAUCAUAGGCGGACUAAGCAAGAUGUACGCCGACAACACUGCUGCCAACAUCACCAGCUCCAACGCGCUGGUGUACGGCAACGUUGCGUGUGUGUUCUUGUUCCAGGGAUUCUACUCUCUGUGCUACACCCCGAUCCUCAACUUGUACCCACCCGAAAUCAUGAACUAUUCCAUGCGCGCGAACGGGUUUGCGUUCAUGAACCUUCUCCUCAACUGCUGCGCUCUUGUCCUCGUCUACGUCAUGCCCAUUGGAAUUGCCAACAUCGGCUGGAAGAUGUACAUGAUUAACGCGUCUUGGGACUGGCUGUUCCUCAUCUUCAUCCAGGCCGUCUUCUGGGUCGAAACAAAGGGCAUGACGCUGGAAGAGAUCGACGGUAUCUUCGAAGGCGAGAAGCACUCGAGCGGUCCAGACGUCGAGGCGGUGAGGACCGGCCGCGCCGAGGUGGACAAGGACGAAGAGAAGGCCGAGCACGAGGAGCACGCUCGCCCUGGGGAAUACUAUGCCGGCAUCCAGCGCCUCGGCGAGACGACCCGCCCCACCCUGUCUGGUGAGGAGGACGAGUGA